UAGCGCGUUAACGACGUUAAUUAGUUGUUUGUUGUUAAUUACGUCAAUUUUUUUAACGCAUUUCACGCAUGCGCAGUGUGACAAAUUAUUCAGGUCAGGAAAGUCACGGAAGUAGUUGGGAGCUAGAGGCGAGAUGGAGCAAGGUGAGCAAAGUGGGCCUAUUGACGGAUUCAAAUAUAAAAAGAAUGAUGAUGGUACAGUUAACAAGUACAAGGUUAUUUGCAAGAUUUGUAACAAGGAGUUUCAAUUUCACCGGAGCUGUUCAAGCUUGAAGUACCAUGUCAACGCCAAACAUGCAUUUGCUGGGCCGUCAGGUUCAGCAAGUGGUUUGCGCCAGACCACGCUGAAUGUUCGCAGGCCAUUAACAAAAUCAACCUCAGUUAAUUUGACCAACACAAUAGCAAAAUGGAUUGCAAAGGAUUGUAGACCCAUUAGCAUCGUAGAAGACGCAGGUUUUCUUGAUGUUUUGCAAGUGGCGUCUCAAGACUCAUACUAUAAGCCACCGUCAAGAGCCACAGUUAUGACGAAAAUCCACGAGCUCUAUGAUAAUGAAAAAGAAAAAAGGAAAGCGGUCUUGGCUCAAGUAAAUCAUAUCGCCCUGACAGGAGACCAUUGGACAUCAGUAAGUAACAACAAUUACCUCGGAGUAACUGCACAUUUCAUCAGUGACACGUGGGAACUGAAGUCUUUUGCGCUGACGAUAUUAAAAACUGAGGAGCGUCAUUUUGCGGAGGCUUGUAAAGAACAGUUCCUGUCUGUUGCACGUAAGUGGGACAUCGAGGGCAAGACGACAACCAUUGGGACUGACAGUGCACGUAACAUGGUUGCCGCAAUUCGACUUACACGCUAUGAACACAUGAGCUGUGUCGCUCACAUGGUGCAGAGAAGUGUCACAGUGAGUCUUGCUGACAGCGGCUUUGUAAAUGCUUUGGCCAAGGCUCGCAAAGUUGUCGGUCAUUUUAAGCACAGCCCAGCAAAUGCUACGGAGCUUCAAGCACAACAAGUCAGCCUGGGAAAGAAGCAAGAGCCAUUGAUCCAGGACGUUCCAACACGUUGGAAUUCGACGCUGGAAAUGGUCAAGCGCUUGAGCAGAAAUAAAGAGGCUGUCAUCGCAGCCCUGGACAAUCAGGAGCACAAACUCGUUUUGCCGACCGCAGCAGAGUGGGAUAAACUGCAGAGGCUGGAGGCACUUCUAGAGCCAUGCAGGUAUGUAACUGAGCUCCUGGGUGGAGAGGCCUAUGUCUCCUGUUCUGUGGUACUACCUUCUCUCUGCCACUUGCGUCUCAAGAUGGAAGCCUGUGAUGAGGACCCUGCAUAUGUGGUGAGAUUCAAGACCAAGUUCAAGGAGGACCUAGCAUCCCGCCAAGAACAUCUCAACAAUGCAUGGCUCCAGAUUGCUACAGUUUUGGAUCCUCGUUUCAAAGACUUGAAAUGCCUGCCCAAGACAGACAGGGAAGCGGUGUGGACCACACUUGAAGGGAUGCUGCAACAAGAAUCACCCAGAAAGUCUUCACAGACACAUGAUGAUGGGCCACCCAGGAAGAAAAUCAGCCUUCUGCAAAUGGGCUCAGAUUCAGAAUCAGAAGAUGAAGAGGUCCAACCUGCCAUACAGAGGUACAGAGCAGAGCCCACCAUUACAUUGGAGGACUGCCCCUUGAAGUGGUGGGCAUCUCAUUCAGGAGCCCAUGAGAAGCUGGCCUCACUAGCUCACAAAUAUCUAGCCACUCCUGCAACCACCGUUCCCUGUGAACGACUUUUCUCAGUUGCAGGUCACAUUGUGAACAAGAAAAGGUCAGCUUUACUUUCAGAAAAUGUGAAAAAGUUAGUUUGCCUCAGCAACUGGCUGAAAGAUGAUAAAGCUCAGUAGAUUUGAAAGGUGAUGUUCAAACAAAAAGACCAGUUUCAGUGUAACAUGUUAUAGUAGUUAGCAACUGGAUUUUUGAGCAACUGGAUUAAAGAAUGGAGGAAAAGGUAAAAGAUUGUUCUUUGGUUUGAUUUAAAAGUUUUAUUGAACAUGUUUUGUUCCACAUAAAAACGCAACAGAUGACUCAAAUUGUGCAAAAAUGUGGUAGGCCACUGUUAUGUGGUUAUGUGUUAAUGUGGUAGGCUACAUUUGUUGCUUUCUGUUCAAUUUAAUACUGUAAAUUGUACAUCCUGGUUAAGAGGAAUGCCAAAGAGGAAGCGA